GAGACCGUUUUUCCGCCAAAUUGGGCCACUCUUCCUAUCUGGUUUAGACUUUCCCGUCUACUCAUUGUGGUUGUACAAGCGUCACAUCCGCUUUUGACUCAGUGAAUACGGUUCUAACGAAACGGAGGCGAGUAGCAGUGUUUCGCUUCACUUGAUAACAUUAUUAGCUAACUAAAUAAACCAGUUAAUUAUCUAUCAUUUAAGUUUCUAUCGACGAGAAAUGAGCGACAACGAAAAGGAUUUUGGCGAGCGGGACUCGCGGUCCGCUUCCAGGAGUGUGAGCCCAAGGGGUUCUGGGAAGUCUGCCAGCCGUUCUCCGGCCCAUUCCCCAGCCCGCUCCAAAGAUGGCUCCAGACACUCCAGGUCUAAGUCCCACUCCCGAUCCCGCUCCAAGUCCAGGUCUCGUUCCCACAGGAGCUCCCGCAGGCAUUAUUCCCGCUCUCGCUCCCGUUCCCACCGCCGCCGUUCCCGUAGCCGUUCCCGAAGCGGGGAAUACCGCCGUCGUCGGAGCCACAGCCACUCCCCCAUGUCCAACCGCCGCAGGCACAUUGGCAACCGGGCCAACCCGGACCCGAACUGCUGCCUGGGUGUGUUUGGUCUGAGCCUGUACACCACAGAGAGAGACCUGAGAGACGUGUUCUCCAAGUACGGCCCCCUGGCUGACGUCAGCAUCGUCUACGACCAGCAGUCACGACGCUCCCGCGGCUUCGCCUUCGUCUACUUCGAAGUCCGAGAGGACGCCAAUGAGGCUAAGGAGAGGGCUAAUGGAAUGGAGUUGGAUGGGCGGAGGAUCAGGGUCGAUUUCUCCAUCACUAAACGACCACACACUCCCACUCCUGGGAUAUACAUGGGACGACCCACAUAUGGUGGCGGCGGCGGCAGCAGCAGCAGCGGAGGAGGUGGUGGAGGAGGAGGAGGAGGAAGUGGCGGCCCCAGCUCAAGCUCAUCUCGCCGUAGCUCGAAAGAUUACGACCGCGGCGGUGACCGUGGUUACGACAGAGGCUACGACCGUGGCUACGAUCGCUAUGACGACCGAGAGUGCUACAGGUCCUACAGACGCAGGUCUCCGUCUCCGUACUACAGCCGAGGGGCCUACCGGUCUCGCUCCCGCUCGCGGUCUUACUCCCCACGCCACUACUGAGCAGAGGGAGAAGAGGAGCAAGAUUAUACUUUUUGUUAGGGCCAGGGGGGUGGAUGUGGGUUUAGGGCCAGGGGGGGUGGAUGUGGGUUUAGGGCCAGUGGAUGUGGGGUUUAGGGCCAGGG